GCAUCCUGGAAUAGUGAAGAAACUCAUGUUUAAGUUUCUUUUCAAGUCAGCAGCUAGACGAAAAAUUGAACCCACAUGUUGUAACAAUAAUGAACAUAGUCUUAUCUAAUAUGUUUUUAACUUAAUUUGUUAAGGAUUGAGUGACUCCUGUUGUGUGUUACGUGUCGCGUGCAUAAAUACCCGGGCAUCAAGUGCAGCGGAAGUAGAAAGGAAAUCCUGUUCGGCAAUAUCGGACAGAACACAACGCUAAGGUUUUGACCAGAAAAUAUGGACCCCGUUCCAGCACUAUUAGUUGGCCUCUUAUUACUAUUCGUAGUACUGAUUGUCGGCCUAUUAUUGACGUAUUGUUAUCGUCGCUGUAAUGGAAGUGCACAAGAAGUCAGAGACACUCAUGGCUCGAAAAGAUGUGAUACCGUUUACUAUAAAAAUGAGCGUAGACAAGAUCCUUAUCAUUCUGAUUCUUACUCCAAAGACUCCCAACAGGCGUAUGAAAACGAGAAGUCUAUGGUAAACGAGAAAGUAAAGAAAAUUCGAAAUAAUUUGCUCAAAGAAGAGGAACUAAAGUCUGCCAUACCUUUUGGAGACGAUACUACUAUAAUAAUCGGGGUUGAUGCCACACCGCACCAUAUUGGAGGAUAUUUCAUAAACCUAGCUCAAAAAAGGGGAGAAUUCUAUCAUUUUCCCGUCAGCAAGUUACCCUGGACCCUAACGCCGAAACAAAACAAGGCGGGAAACUCGGGCGAAUUUGAAAUGAAAAACUUAAUGUUUGCCCUCUACUUGUGGAAAAACGAGCUCCCUCAAAAAGGCUUGGCUUCCAAAGCGAUCGUGUACACAGACAAUUUCGCUUAUCAUAAAAAGCGAUCAACGUAUGGAAUUCGAGCAAAAAGCUUUAUUCAACAUUUACAAAUUUGCGAAGGAAAGCAGAUCCAAGUCAAAGUGAAAGGCACGAACGAGGCGGGUAUCGAAGAUCACGCCAGUUUAUGGGACACACUUUAAAGAAUCCACAAAGGCGAAAGAACAAUUGGAACGGAUGAAGGGAAAUCAUUCCCCGUUUAAGCACAUGCAGUGUGAAAGCUGUGAUUUUGAAGAAAACAGUCCCUCGCUCCAUUCCGUCGUAAUUAAUUGAUACGGCUUCAGUUCCAUGUGAUGUGUUAUAAUUAUGUGUUAUGUAUGAAUAUUUAUAAAUACAUAUGUAUGUACGUAUUUAUCUAA